GAAGUUGGCCAGGUGGAACCCAGUCAACCCGGCGGGUCGACCCGGGACCCGGUCCACCCGGUCUAUUUUUUUUAUAUAUUAGCAGCCAUUAAACGACGUUGUUUUGGCCUUUUAAAAGGCCAAAACGCUGGAGAACAACGAAGCAGAAUUGAGGACAGAUGAAAACCUAAUUAAUGAAAGACGAAAUCAAUUUGAAUUAACGAAACAAAAGCUGAGGAGCAGAGGAGUAGAAGACGUCUUGACUCUUGAUCAUUGUUUUUUCUCUGUGAAAAAGGUUUGAAUCUCCUUCUUUCACUCUCUGUUUUCUUUAUUCUUGGUCCGAGUGAUAAUUAUUGAAACAAAGUCAUUGAUCUGCUCCAACCAGCGGCCCCAAUUCGACGAAUUAGUUGCAUCUCAGUGGCUGGUCAUCACCUAAUGUAAUAAAUAAUAACAAUAAUAUUCCACUUGGGAGAAUUAGAAUAGAGAAAUUUGAUCAUGGAAGCACGUAGAUGGAGAACAGGGGGUCAAAAUGGGCAACUAAUCAAGGGCUCAAAAGCUUCCGCUUCUCAGGUUUUAUCCUCCAUCACAAUCACGAGAGCCUGGUUUCAGCAAGAGGGUCCCAACUUCUGGUCCACCCCAUGAGCUCUGCCAACCAAGCAAGUACAACUGCACGUGAUUCACCAUAGGCUCCUUGCCAUGAGCACAUAAGCAACAAAUGAAAUGCCCUUUCCACCUCUCUCUGAAUAUAUUUGAUCACAGUUGCCAUAACUUUUUCUUCAUCAGUGAACGACAAUGGCAAUCGAUAAUGACAACAAAGAAACUGCAGGAAAAUGAUGGUAUUAACUUAUUAAGCUUAUUGGUUAGAGAAACUGUAUGGUUUUUCAAUUUUUUUUUGGGUUGACCCGGGUCAACCCAUCUGACCCGUGACCCGAUCACUUGACCGGGUCGAUGACCGGGUUGGGUUUUAAAACUAUGGUUAGUACUGCUACUGGCAUUAAUGUCAGCCCCUCUUCUCCAAAUUCUUCCUCCCCAGUCCCUGGACUCACCACAACAACCAACACAGCCAUGGCUCCAUCUGCUGCAACAACAGUUCUUAUUCCCCUCUCCAACACCUAGCAGUACAGCUUCUGCUGUCUCUACUACCUUCAAUUCUGAACCCUGCCAAGCGUUCUUGGCUUGGAAACAGCAAGACCAGCUUAUCCUUAGUGCUCUGUUGUCCUCUCUUUCGGUUGAAGUUCUUCAUCUCGUGGUUGAUUGUCCAACCUCUGCCAGUGUUUGGAGCACCCUUGAACUUGCUCUUGCCUCCCCAUCCAACUCUCGGAUCAUGCAAUUGCAUGGCUCUCUUCAGGAUCUUCGACAAGGUGAUGAUACUGUCUCUCUCAACUUGCAAUGCGCAAAAGGUUAAUUUGAUGAAUUGGUUGCGGCUAGCAGACUUAUUUCUCUCACCGAUUUCAACUUAUAUGUGUUUCGGGGACUUCGCGGUGAAUUUUGUGAUUUGGUUACGAGUCUGUCAACCAAAGUUAAUCCUCUGUCGUACUCUGAGCUUCAUAGUCACCUGUCUACUCAUGAAUUUAUUCAUCGCAGCUCGCUAUCCUCCAGUCUACCUGCUGCCCACCCCUGCACAGCCCCCCUCAAUAUAUGCAGCCCAGCAUGGUUUUUCUGGGUCAAACAGCAGUGGUGCAGACAGAUUAUGUAGAUGAAGUUACAGCCGAGUAUCUUGCUGUUGGUGAUCCUGAAUCUUGCUGCAAGAAGUUUGAGAACAUGCUGAUCACUGGCCUCCUUGAUGAGCAGUUAGAGGUCAGAGAAGGAAAAUCACAGUUGAACUUCAGGUUGCAUGCCCUGCACCAUCUUGCUCUGAACACAUAUACCGUUCUGGCUUCUGCUUAUAAAAUACGAGCAAGUGACUUAUUUUCUCUGCAUUCUGAGGUGGGUGGACUUCCAUGGGAAGCUUUGAGCAUGUCCAGAAUCAGUGCAGCAUACUCAUUGUUGCUUGCAACUGCAACUUACCAUCUGUUUUGUUUUGAAUCUUCAUUGCUUGUAUCUGUUGCAAACUUCUGGACAAGUGCAGGGGAGUCCUUAUUAGCUCUUGCUAAAAGCUCAGCAUGGGAUUCUCUUGGAAAAUGUGGGUUUCCUGUCUUGAAUCUUUCUCCUCUAGCUAAGCACAAAUGCUCCAAGUGCUCAUUGCUUGAAAGCUUUGAAGUAAAUUUAUCAUUUGGUCAAGAUCACAUCCGAAAGGCAGGUUUUGACAGCGUGUCGAGCAGGUUUCUUGAUUGCAUUGGUAGUUUGUUGCAAGAAGUUUGGGGUUUUCUGAUUCAAGGCGACCGCUACUUGAAAAUGUUUAAAGAUCCCACAGAUUUCAGUUGGCUUGGGAAAUCCUUGGACAUUUGGGAUUUUGAUGCUGAAUUAACCCAUAACGAUGUGGAUUUCAAUUGUUGGACCAACAAAAGUGUUUCUGGAAUUGAGGCUCUGGGGUACACCGACCAAUGGAGAAUAAAUACUUUUCAGCUUGGUGUUCAUUGCUUGCUCUAUGGAGGAUUUUUAGCUGGCAUAUGUUAUGGUCCUCAUUCUCAUUGGAGUAGUCACAUUCGGAGUGCUCUAAAUUAUCAUGGUUGUUAUUAGAAAAAUAUAUUAGUAUUGCGGUAUUGUUAAUUUUUUUAAAAAUUAAAUAAAAAAUUAUUUAAAAAACUAGGUUAAUAAA